AUGGUGCAGAUCAGCGAAGUCAAGGGGGACUCGCGCGGGAACAGAACGGCCGCGCACACACAUAUUAAGGGCCUGGGAUUACGUCCAGAUGGCACUGCUGAGCCAUCUGCAGAUGGCUUUGUGGGGCAGACUGCCGCCAGAGAGGCAUGCGGUGUGGUCGUGGAUUUGAUCAAGGCGAAGAAGAUGUCAGGGCGGGCAGUGCUUCUUGCUGGUGGACCUGGGACAGGCAAAACUGCACUUGCGCUGGCCGUGUCGCAAGAGCUGGGUACAAAAGUCCCCUUCUGUCCUAUUGUCGGAAGCGAAAUCUAUUCGGCAGAAGUGAAGAAGACGGAAGCUCUCAUGGAGAACUUUCGGAGGGCUAUUGGCCUGCGAGUCCGUGAAACCAAGGAGGUUUACGAGGGCGAGGUCACCGAGCUCACUCCAGAGGAGGCGGAGAAUCCUCUGGGCGGUUACGGAAAGACGAUUAGCCAUCUGAUCAUUGGUCUCAAGUCGUACAAAGGAACGAAGAAGCUACGUCUCGAUCCCAGCAUCUACGAGGCUAUCCAGAAGGAGCGUGUCACGGUUGGCGACGUUAUUUAUAUCGAAGCGAACACCGGUGCCUGCAAGCGAGUCGGCAGGUCAGACGCAUACGCCACCGAGUUCGACCUCGAGGCGGAAGAGUACGUGCCAGUACCCAAGGGCGAAGUACAUAAGAAGAAGGAGAUCGUUCAAGAUGUCACCUUGCACGACUUGGACAUGGCAAACGCACGGCCGCAGGGUGGCCAGGAUGUGAUGAGCAUGAUGGGACAGCUCAUGAAACCGAAGAAGACCGAGAUCACGGACAAGCUACGACAAGAGAUCGACAAAGUUGUCAGUCGGUAUAUCGACCAGGGUGUUGCGGAGCUCGUCCCUGGCGUCCUGUUCAUUGACGAGGUCCACAUGCUCGAUAUUGAAUGCUUCACCUACCUCAACCGCGCCCUCGAGUCCCCCAUCUCCCCGAUUGUCAUCCUGGCGUCGAAUCGCGGCAACACCGUCAUCCGCGGCACCGACGACAUUGUAGCCGCGCACGGUAUUCCUCCCGACCUCCUCGCGCGCCUGCUCAUCAUCCCCACCCACCCUUACACCCCGGAGGAAAUCAAGACCAUUGUCCGCCUGCGCGCCAAGACAGAGGGCCUCAACAUCACCGACGCAGCUCUCGACAAGGUGGCCGAACACGGCAGCAAGACCAGCCUGCGGUAUGCACUCCAACUUCUCACCCCGGCCAGUAUCCUCGCCCGUGCAAACGGCCGACCCGGCAGCAUCGACGUGGACGACGUCACCGAGUGCGAGGACCUGUUUAUCGACGCGAAACGCAGCGCAAACAUUGUCGGCCAAGAAAAUGGCAGCUAUGUCUCAUGA